CCAUUCAUAGAUAAUGAUCAUUGGAUACAUCAAUACUUUUCACCAAGAGAGUAUGGUAUAAGUAUGCCAUUGAUGUUGGUUGUAAUUGGUCUAACAAUAAUUGGUACAUUCUUGGGUCUUGUAAUGGUUAGUUCAAAGAGG